UCUCAGCCAGGUGCUGGUGGUCGUCAUCUUCUCCGACGACAUGAUGGUCAUUUCUCCACUGAGCCGUCGGACGGAAGCACAUAUUUAUAUCAUUUUUUUAAAUUAAAUAUGUAUAUCAAGAUGUUAUGAUACACAUCAUGGCUGCCGACUGAACCGGACGCUUCCCGCCAUCUCAUCCUUUCAUGUCUGCGUGUCGGUGCGCCGGACAAUAGGACGCAGGCUCUCUCCAAGCUAGGCUCCGCGGCGUGUGAUGGCUGCUCACGAAUGGAAGGACUGGUUCGAACGGGAGGAAUUGAUCGGACAGAUAAGCGACAUGCGAGUCCAGAACCUCCAAGUAGAGAGACAAAUGGUUCAGAAGAGGACUUUUACCCGAUGGAUAAAUCUGCAUUUAAAAAAGUGUGACCAACCCAUUGAAGUCCAAGACCUUUUCCAAGAGAUCCAAGAUGGAUGGAUUCUCAUGGCUCUCCUGGAAGAACUCUCUGGCUGCAAGCUGCUUCAUGGCUUCAAGAAGUCCUCUCACCGUAUCUUCAGACUCAACAACAUUGCCAAAGUCUUGGCCUUCCUCGAAGAGAGAAAUGUAAAGCUUGUCAGUAUCGACGCUGCUGAUGUUGCUGAUGGAAACUCCUCCAUUAUACUGGGACUCAUUUGGAACAUCAUUCUCUUUUUCCAGAUAAAGGAGUUGACUGGCAACAUAAGGAGUCAGUUUCCGUCCACAUCCAGCCUGUCAUCCAUACCUACCAGCUCUGACCCAGCUCACCGCAGCAUUCCACCGACCGAGACACCGAUGGUGCCCGCCAGCACAAGAGAAGAUAGCAAGGCCAUUAAAAAGCUGUUGCAGUGGGUGCAGAAGCGAACGCGCAGGUACGGUGUGGCGGUUCAGGACUUUGGCAAGAGCUGGACAAACGGUCUUGCUUUUCUUGCUGUCAUCAAGUCUAUUGACUCCAGCCUGGUAGACAUGAGGAAGGCCUUGCUGAGGAAUGCGAAAGAAAACCUUGAAGAUGCGUUCAGGAUCGCUCACUACAGCUUGGGUAUCCCGCGCCUUCUUGAGCCUGAAGAUGUGACCAGCAAUGCACCAGAUGACCAGUCCAUCAUGACAUACGUGUCACAGUUCCUUGAGCACUUCCCGGGCACAGAGGAGCCAAAACAGCCUUACCCACUCAUUGAAAGGAGCACCUCGAUGGGCCGACUCAACUUCCGUAACGCCGACCUCCAACAUUUCGUGAAUAAUGCUCACUCUGGCCGAGUGAAGGACAGGUUCUUAAUGUUCCAGAAGGACUCUGCACAACCUCCAUCCAAAAUCUUGCGUUCGUCCAUGUCAGAGGACAGAGGGGGCAUGUCACCAGCCAUUAAACCAGCCAUUUCUCGCACUUGGUUUAGUGAAGACUUCUUGGGUGAUUCCCCCUUCACAAAAGACAAUUUGAGCAGUGUGGAAGAAAAUCUGAAAGAACCGACAGAAGACGUCUCAACCAGCUCCGUGGAGAACUCCCAGCUGAAUGAUACUCACUUUCCCAUUGACUCAACAUUGCCUGAGUUAGUGACAACUGAAUCCGUCAUGGGCGAUUCAGCUAUUAACUCUCCAGAUUCCUGGGUGGAGAGCGAGGAAUGUGCUGUUCCCGUGAAGAGCCAAAGUGACAGUUUAUUGUAUGAUUGCACAACACCUUGGGAUGUUUACCGUGCUAUUCCCGUGGAAAUUACGAAUGUUGAUGGAGGUUUUGUCCACAUUGCGGAGAAAGUGCUAGAUGACCAGUCAAUGGCUGAGUCAUUUAUUGAUGAAGGAGUCUUUUCACUCAACUCAUUGAGUAGUAUGCAAGAUGAAAUUCUAGGCACCAGAGAGAAAAAGGUGCUGGACAAUGACAUGGUCAAAGAAAAGAACGAGGUAAAUCUUGAGAGCCAUAAAGACUUUUCACCGAAACCGUUGAAAGAACUUGAAUUGGAAAAUAUGCGUGAGAAAACAGAUUGUCAUUAUCAAGAAAUUGAUGCAAAUUAUUGUCAAAAAGAAGAAAUAUCCAUCAAAGAAUCCCCUUUUGAAAAAUCAUCAUCCUUUGGAGGUGAUGAUCAACCAGAAAGUGAUGAUUCUAACCAAUUUCAAAACUUGUCUAAACCUGAACCCCAAUCAUCAUCCAACCAAGAACCUGCGGAAAAGUACGGUGUUACGCCAACCUGUUCUAGAGAAGACAACUGUUUAGAGCAACCUAUGGAUCCUUUAUUGUUGGUUGAUAAAGGACCAUUUAAUGACCAAACAAAUAGACUUCAAGGUGAAAAUAUUGGUGAAGGACUUCAAAUGGAAAAUGAAUGCCAUAAAAUGCACAAUUCUCAACAAAUAGAGGGAAAUUAUUUUCUUAAAGAUGAAGUAUCCUUUAAGGAAGACGCUGGCAUUGUAAAACUGUCGUCCUCUGGAGACGACGUUUCACUGGAAAGAGAUGAACCUCAACCAUGUUCUGACCAAGAAUUCAAGGAGCAGUAUAUUGCUCCACUAAGCUCUUACGGAGAGUGUUUGAAGCAAGUGGUGGACACUGAGAAAACCUGCCAAGUUAUUGAAGGUGUGUUUGAUUGUGAAAACAAUCAUGAAGAAGUACUUCCGUUCAAAGAUGAAUGUAAGAACACAGAAAGCUUGUUACAGGACAGAGGAACUGAGGCAGAUGGAAUUGUACUUGAAGGGACGGAAUCGGCCACAGUAACGCAAAACGAAGCCAUUGACGGGGGCAGAAGAUCCUGCCCAGAUCUUCAAACAGACUUGAGCUCUGAGAACCAAUAUGAAAACUCACAAAUAAGUUCAAAGCAAUAUGCAAGAACUGAUACUAGUUUAAGAAGUCAAACACCUGGACACAUUGGACAGGACAGGACAACAAAACCGUUAGAUGAGCGUCAACCCCGAGCUGAGAAAGCUGCUGUGUGUUGUGAAGCACCUGAGACCUCCAGGAAAACGGAGGAAGAGCUUUGCAGGUGUACACCAACAGAAGACAUAGCUUGUGACGUCAUUGAGCCGAUGGAUCUGUUUUACCCGUACAAAGAGGAAAACGUAUUUACAGAGCCGCUUGAUAACGAAAUGCACAGCUGGCCGUCUGUUUUGACUGUAUCUGCCCUGGAGCCAGCUCCAGCUUCCAAGAUGCCGCCAGAAGGACAACCCGUUUGUCCCAUGGAUGAUAACUUUCUGGUGGAUUUGCUACAUGACGACAAUAAGGCUGAGAAAGACGGCACAUCGGCACCCAAAGAACAAUGCCAGCUUCCUGGACUCAUGGGAGCUUUUCCAAUUACCUGCAGCGAUGGAAGCCAAGACUCUUUCAAGGAAAUCACAGUGCCUGUGAGCCAUGACAGUCCGAGUCAGAACGAAGAAGUCCUGAUCCCUCCAGUACUCCGUCACAGGAAGGGUCUUCACUCGUGUCAGGCCACGUCGGAGGACAAUCGCAUCAACAUGACAACAAAACAGAACAUGGACGACUUAGAACGUUGCUGGAGCGAUAGCUGGGAGCCGUAUCUUCUGUUUGUCGUGUGGAUUCUGCUCUACUGUGUGUUGCUGCUGCCUCAGAUGGACGUCAAGAUUUGACCCAUCAUCUACCGUGAAGACACACACUCUCAUAAACUAUUAUUAACUAUUAGUUACAUUUUACGCAGGUAUUUAGUCACACCUUUAUCACAUCGUCCACACAAACACACACAACUUUAAUUUUUACCAAGUCAAGACAAUUGACACGCUUUUAUUGUUUACUUUUUAUGAAUAUAAUUAUGGGUAAUAUUAUUAUAAUUAGUUUUUUUUAUGUUUGACAAAGUAAAAGCGUAUUGCAGAUAAUAGUGAAACUCCUGUUGCAAAAUCAUUUCUCAGGUUUCUGCUCUAUUUCUAUGAAGGUAGUUAAGUAGUAUUAAUUUAAAAAAUAAAAAGAAUAAUACAAAAAAACAAUUACAUUUUGGAGAUGAAAAUAUGUCUAUGUGAGACAAAAGAGAAGUGUUUACAAACGGUCACAUUUUGAGCGCAUGCUAGUAUCGCUUUGCUAUUUUUACAAGCUAACUACAAAUUGUACUCUUGUUGUGAUGAUAAACAAACAUUUUAUAUUUUAUAAUACAAAUAUCUUAUGGCAGAAACUCAAGAAGCCUCCAAGAAAGAUUGCUGCAGGAUUCUUUCGUGUGGAGUAAUUCAUGCGCUCAGGGCUCUACGCGGUCGCCUUCUUCCACACCAAACUCGUCCAAGCAUGCCUUGAUAGAACAAUCUUUGUGCACGGAACAUAUUUUACUAUAAAAUGGGAUCUUCCGCAGAACAUAGAAUUAUGUUGGAAAUAUGUCAGCAACUCUUCAACAUCCCGAUCCCUCCAUGAGUGGAAAACUCCUCAGAUAAAUAAUAGAAUAAAAUGUAAGUAAUAAAUAUUAUUUAUCCUCAAAACACAAUAGUUAUAAUUUAGCCUCAGAAAAAUAGCAAUUCAAAUAAUAUAUCCUCAGAUAAAUACUUUGUUUUAUCUUCAAAGUAAUAAUAAUUAUAAUUUAUCCUCAAAAAAUAAUAAUACAAUAAAAACGCCUCAGAUAAAUAAUAGAAUAGAAUGUAAGUAAUAAAUAUUAUCUAUCCUCAAAACACAAUACCGUAUUUUUCGGAGUAUAAGUCGCACCGGCUGAAAAUGCAUAAUAAAGAAGGAAAAAAACAUAUAAGUUGCACUGGAGUAUAAGUUGCAUUUUUGGGGGAAAUGUAUUUGAUAAAAGCCAACACCAAGAAUAGACAUUUGAAAGGCAAUUUAAAAUAAAUAAAGAAUAGUGAACAACAGGCUGAAUAAGUGUACGUUAUAUGAGGCAUAAAUAACCAACUGAGAACGUGCUUGGUAUGUUAAUGUAACAUAUUAUGGUAAGUCAUUCAAAUAACUAUAACAUAUAGAACAUGCUAUACGUUUACCAAACAAUCUGUCACUCCUAAUCGCUAAAUCCCAUGAAAUCUUAUACGUCUAGUCUCUUACGUGAAUGAGAUAAAUAACAUUAUUUGAUAUUUUACGCUAAUGUGUUAAUAAUUUCACACAUAAGUCGCUCCUGAGUAUAAAUCGCACCCCCCGGCCAAACUAUGAAAAAAACUGCGACUUAUAGUCCGAAAAAUACGGUAUGUUAAAAUAUGCAAGACAUACAAGUUAAUUGCAUUUGAAAGGGUAUAUUUCCAUUAUUAUUAUGUGUUGUCAUUACAUCAGUGGUUAAUUUGGUCUCAAAAAAUAAUGGCAAUAUCCUUUAUCUGCAAUAAUUUGUAGGUCAAUAUAUCGUCGAGCAAAAUGUGUCGCUCCCGAGUAUAAGUCGCACCCCCGGCCAAACUAUGAAAAAAACUGCGACUUAUAGUCCGAAAAAUACGGUAUAAUUUAGCCUCAGAAAAAUAACAAUUCAAAUAAUAUAUCCUCAGAUAAAUACUAAUUGUUUUAUCUUCAAAGUAAUAAUAAUGAUAAUUUAUCCUCAAAAAAUAAUAAUAAAAUAAAAUAAUGUAUCCUGAGAUAAAUAAUUAUAAUUUAUUCUUAGCUAAAUAACAAUUAACAUAAUUUAUUCUGAGAUAAAAAUAACAAUAAUGUAUCCUCGGAUUGAAAAUAAUUACUUAUUCCCAUAUAAAUAAUAAUAAAAAAUGAUCGUCGUAAUAAUUUUUAAAAAAUGCUUCAGAUAAAAAUAGUUAUAAUAAUUUUCCCAGAGAAAUAAGUAAAAUAAUUCAUCCUCAGAUAAAUAACAUGAGAAAUAUAUUAUUUUCAGUUAGAAAAUGAUUAUAUUCUCAGUUAAAUACUGAUAUGAUAAAAAAAACAAUAAUUUAGCCCUGGAUUAAAAAUAUUUUAUUCUCAGAUAAAUGCCCAAUCUUUGGUAUAGGUGGUCCUAAUAGUUUUGUUCCUUGACUGUAAUGUAAGUUGUAAAUGAUAUGUAAAUAAACAGCUCAGUCAGUCACACUGUACACAGAACACGUGAAAUACUUAUGAAAUACUGUAACACAAAGAUUAUUAAGAUCCUUUUAAAAACUGUUUGACGCACUGUAAGGCAGGUAGAAACAGGAAGUGUCAAUAGUUAAACCACUAUGCUGCUUAAUUAUUGCUGUUUAUUUCCUGGGAUGCAGAUCCUCAAACGUCUACUGGUAAUUAAGGAUGUGAACCUCGCCUCCUGAUUGGCUCAGACAGAGUAUUUAUCGGCUACACCCAAGAUAUUCAAAAAAUACAUUUUUGUUAGGAUACCGGAAUAGCUUUAAAGUUGACGCUUGGACAUUCUGAUGACAUGAAAAGAGAAUAAGGAAGCACUUUACAGUAAUUAUCAGUCAAUAUCACGACUGUUGGAACCUACCCCAGCUGCUAGCUUUAGAACGAGAAUGUUUUCAUCAACUUUGCUUCAAUAUAACUUUCCUGUAGAGAUGACUUUGAGUGCGUUCACUGCUGUUUAUGUGUACUUAUUUACCACAGUGGCUUCCACGUUUAAUAUUUUAGCUGUUCUCAUAUGUUUUGGAACCCACAGUGCAUUAAUAACUUAUUCUUUCAUCCAUGAUCAAAACAUAUUUACGUUCUUUUUCAU